AUGGAGAAAGCUUACGACAAUGUCCCACAUUACAUCCUGUUCAUACGCCUGGAGACACUGCGAAUGUCGAAAGAGCUGUUGGAGACAGUCAGAUGCCUAUACGCCGGCAAUAGCACCAUUGCACACUUCGCCAAUGUAGGGAGUCGGCCGGUAGGCGUCUGCAGGGGUCUUGGUCAGGGAAGUCCGCUUUUGCCGAUUCUAUGUCUCCUAUACGUGUCGGGCCUGGAACAAGCAUUGCUCGAGUCCGGCCUCGGGUUCCGUCUGAAGUAUAGCACAAGAGAAAUUGAGGAAAAUCGACGGCUGCCUGGCUUGACGAUCACGUAUGAUGUAGUUUUCAUGGCUGAGACCAAAGUGGACCUGCAGGCUCUCCUGGACAUCAGUGCCACAGAGAUGACUGAGCUGGGACUACGCCAAGAAAACCUAGGCUGUACCGUUCGCGGGCAACAUGGCUGA